CAACCUCAUGCUGGCUGAGGAAUUAUGGAAGUUGAAGUCCAACAUCUUAAAGUUGCUGAGGUUGAGAAACACCGGUCUAGACCGAUGGUUGGAGGCUGAACGAGGGCCCUGCUGCGAACCAGCAGUAGAUGAGUGGCCUGGCUGAGCUGAGCUGCUGGUUCGGGUUGGGUCUAAAGGCGUCCUACCAAGCAGUUCUCUGCAGGUUUGGGCCGAAAGGGAGAAUCUGUCUAAUGAUUAUUUAACAGAGGUGCCCCCCACCCGGGGCUCAUUUCUGGGGGCACCUUAGUGGAAUGCUGCAGCAGCAGUGGGUCAGGUGCUCUGUUUGCCAUUCAGUUCUGUGGAGGGGCCGUGUUGGGGGCAGGGAAGUCAGCUGCAUUUUCUCAGCAGAGUGGUUUCUCUGUGGCAUCUUUCAUCCUUUUGUUCCCUUACGUGUAAAUGCACACACACAGGACGGAAAAGCCCCCACCCACAGACUUCCUGUUGCAGACCUACUGCACGAAACGUCCCUGCAUCUUCCUGCCCAGUCAUCCUUUCAACUGGCAGGAGACAGCCACCUGCUGCCUGUACCGACAAGCAGGGGACGACAUAUCUAGCUCCCCCAUUGACAACCAUGGGAGGCUGGGAACAGCUGCUGUGUGCAACUGUCCUUGGCCUGUUCUUCCAAGGCAUCAGCAUAAGUGGAAAUGCGGCAUCUGAAAAUGAGUUCAUCAUCAUAAAGCAGAAAGGAAAAACUGUCUCCCUAAUAUGUGAAGGGGGCAAUAAUAAGACUAGUUGGAGGAAAGACAGGACGGCUCUAAGACACAAAGGAAAGGAGUUGGCUUUGGGUGCCAUGAUGGAUGACCCGAGAGGCUUCUAUGAGUGUAGCAUCAGCGAUAAGGAAAACAGAUCUCUGCAAGUUUUCUUCCGGAGUGAUGUGCCAGAACUGCAUCCACCUGGACUUCAUCACGGUUCUGGGGAUUUCAGCAGCCAGCCUCUUUGCCACAGUCUUCCUGGCUGUUGCUGUGUACCACAUAGCUGUGGGAGAGCGGGGCUGGCCAUCCCAAGCUUCAGAUAAGCAAAGCCUGUUAGCCAGCGACCAGCUGUACCAGCCUCUCCGAGAGCACAACUAUGGGCCGUACAGCCACAUUGGUGCUGCCAAGCCUCGCCACCGAUGAAUCCCUUCUGCCAGCCGCUUUCCAGGUUCGCCUUCCUUGAACUUAACCGAGUGACCAUGGUUACUUACCUGGUGGCAAGAAGUCAGUUGAGGUGGAGGUCUGUGGGGCCUUCAUUUCAGGAGGUGCCACCUGUUCCUUGCAUUGCUUCUGCUCCAGGCCUUCAAGGGCUGGCAGAGUCAAAGAAGGCAUGACUGGAAUGGCCCGAGUGGCCAGAUUUCAUUUUCUGUUUGCUAGACUAAGGAGCUGUGGGCUGGCUGGGGUGGGGUGGGAGAGGUCUACUUUAAGCUUGUUUAACACACACACUCUGGGGUGCAGUGCUGGGAGUGUGGUGGCAAAUCAGAAUCUUAGGCACAUCUUGUCUUAGUGAUGCAAAUGAGUUGGUUAAUCUUCCAUUCUCCUCUUUGCAGCUGAAAUUGGGUUCUUCGCACUGCUCCCCUGUGCAUCCUACACCUCCCUUAAUAAAAGACAUUGCUGUAAA